AUGGAAUCCGAGGGCCAGCCCCGAGAUUGUGGCAGAGAAGCCAGAAGCACACCACACCAAUGCAAACAGCAUUACAAGCGACCAACGGAGGUCGGCAGCUGCAAUUUUCCAACCAAGCCUGUCCAGGUGCACAACCCACAGAAGGAAACACCUCUCCAGAGUCCUAGCCUUACAUACCAUAUCUCCCAAAUCACUGCACGGGGUCCGACAUGCAGGGACCGACUGCCUGCAGCUGCGGUACUGCACCCGAAGAUCGGCAAGGCUAUUAGGAUCUGUACCCUGACCGUGGCGGGCACUCGACUGCAACGCAAGUCAAACACACGGGGACUACCAUGCUCUCACCUACCUGGACUACAACUAUUGCAGCAGGUCCCAGACCUUUGCCCCUCUCUACUACCUUUUCCAGGCGGGUCUCACGGUACACAGCCAUGGACUGCCAUCUUGCUGGCGAGGAGGCCAUCUGGGAUGA